AUGAAGGGUCUCGUGGUGUUCAUUGUGAUUCUGAAGUGGGCUACAGGUACUCCGAAAUGGGCUAUAGGGCCCCAGCUGAACCAGUCUCAUUGGAUCUCUGACACUAUCGUGGAAGUCUGUAAACGGCACAACACCAUGAGAGUCUCUCUUCAAACUUGUUGGACCCAAGGUGUUACAAUGCGGGUUGCCCAAACUUUGCAGAAGAACGUUCUCAUGCAGUGCUGGGAGAUCGAUGUGCCGCGCCUACCAGAAACCGCCAAUGAGGUGCUCGUAGUCGAUCUGGACUGUGCUGAUUCUGCAAGCUUAUUAACUCAAGCUUCCCACUCGAGAAAGUUCACGUUGCGAAACCAAUGGCUUCUCUUCAGUUUCGCUUUGAGCAAUGUGAGCAAUGAAACUUCGACAGAUUCUAAUUUAUUAGAUGCCUAUCCGUGGCUCAAUAAUCUCAACAUCUUCCCAGACAGUCAGGUAUUUCUGGCAACCGAGACGAAUUCAGAACUAGUGUCCCUUUACCGAGUGGGAAGAGACAAUCCAAUUAUACUUGUUCCAAAGGACGAAGACAGAAGCGAUCUUCAGCGCACGAAGCUCAUUGCAUCUACUGUCCUCUUCCAUCCGGAGCUGUUCAGAGGUUUCCACAGUGACUUCAUGCCAGAUGUUGAUACUUGGCCUAAACUGCACUAUCCUGUCGUGUUGUGCCUGGCAGAACAACUAAAUUUCAGCUUGGAGCUUUGGGUUGUCGAUGACUACGGAUGGGAAGUGAACGGUUCAUUUACUGGACUCAUGGGCCAGUUGCAGAGGAGGGAGAUAGAUUUUGCGGCCACCGGCUUCUUCAUGCGCUCUGACAGAACUCGCGUAGUCGAAUUCACCGCAGAGACGUACCAUAUUAGGACUACGCUGUUGUUUCGACAACCGUCGCUUUCCAGUGUGAGCAACAUCUUCAUCCUUCCAUUCGGAACAGAUGUUUGGAUCUGUUGUCUGGCAUAUUGUAUCAUUGUCAUUAUUAUCUUCUCCUGUGAGUUGGUAAUAGCGAGAUGCUUUGGAAUAUCCUGCGUAGUUCUACAAAAUACCACCUACAUGGAUGUAGUAUCUCUCGUUCUGGGAACUGUAUGUCAACAAGGAUCACAUAUAGUCCCAGAGAAGUUAUCUGGCCGGAUCAGCCUAUUCUGCAUGUCACUCACGGCUCUGUUCUUCUACACUUCCUACUCAGCCAACAUCGUGGCUCUGCUACAGUCUCCGAGUUCCGCCAUCGUCACUAUCUUCGAUGUGUUGAAGAGUCCACUUUCCGUCGGCAUCCAGGACCUGCAGUACAACAGGAUCUACUUCAAGGAAAGUAUUGACGAAGCGACGAGGUUGCUGUAUGAGAAGAAAGUCCGGCCAUAUGGACAACAGGCUUACUAUAAACCUGAAGAAGGGAUCCAGAAAGUCAGAAAUUCCUUGUUUGCCUUUAAUGUCGAGACAAACCUGGGAUACAAGAUGAUCAGUGAGACGUUUCUGGAGACGGAGAAAUGUGCUCUCAGCGAAAUCCAGCUGUUCCCCAUGCCUAUGUUAUCUUUGCCUUUAAUCAAGAGAUCUGGUUACCGCGACCUCUUCACUAAGAAGGUAAGGUGGCAACGAGAGACCGGCAUUCUGAACCGAAACGGGAACUUGUGGCUGCCCCAAAAGCCCCGGUGUGAGGACGUGAGGGGAGGCACUGGCUUCGUCAGUGUGGGUCUUAAGGAGUUCCUGCCUGCCCUUAAGAUCCUCUUUUACGGCAUGUCCUUGUCAGUCGCUCUCUUUUUGUUGGAAAUUCUGUUUUAUCACAGGUACAGAGUUUCGGCACAGAAUGUUCAAGUAUCGCUUAUGGUGUUAUCCUCUCUAGCCCUCUGUAGCUGAACUAAACUGACUUUGAUUUCCGAUUAUUCGAGGCUCACUUAUUUUUUAGAUAUAAUUUGUCAUCAGCAAAUGAAAAUGAUUGAAAAAUUGUAUAAAGACACUAGCUCACAUACUCGGCUUCGCCCGCAAUUCCUAUGA